AUGUUUCAACUGUUGAUUGUUGGUUAUGUCAUAUUCGAAAUAUAUCGUCUAUCAAAUCUGCCUGAUGUAGGAGCUUACGCACCGCCACCCCCUCCACCUCAACCUGGAGCACCACCACAAGUAGCGGCGGUAAGUUAUCAGCUACAUUUUUAUUAG